CGCAGCGCAGAACCACUGAUGGGAUUACUGAAGUGCGAAGUGAAGAGUGAACUUGGAUUAACUUGCGUGGUCUCAAAUUAGAGCUGUCGCUGUCGUAUUCACAUUUUGAUUCUUUUAUAUAUAUAUAUAUUUUUUUAUUUACUCUCUAUUUUAAGUUUUAGCGCUUUCUGGUCCUUACGUACCGGGUUUUUGUUUGUUUGUUUGUUUGUUUGUUUUUGCGCCAUGGCGAACUCGUGUCUCCAGCUGACCGGCUUCCUAUUGAGCUGCCUCGGCUGGCUGGGCAUCAUUAUCGCGACAUCCACCAACGACUGGGUGACUAUGUGUAAAUACGGUGUGAGCACCUGCAAGAAGAUGGAUGAGCUGGAAGCCAAGGGACCCUGGGCGGAAUGUGUCAUCUCCACAGCGCUGUACCACUGCGUGUUCCUGACGCAGAUCCUGGACCUGCCAGCCUACAUCCAGACGACUCGUGCCCUGAUGAUCACAGGUUCGAUACUGGGUCUCCCAGCGGUGGGAAUGCUCCUCAUGUCCAUGCCCUGCAUCAGCCUCGGCAACGAACCCCAGAGCUCCAAAAACAAGCGCACCAUCCUGGGAGGAGUGCUCAUACUCAUAGUCGCAAUGUGUGGUAUGGUGUCUACGGUCUGGUUUCCCAUCGGCGCCCACCAGGAGCAGGGCCUCAUGUCGUUCGGCUUCUCCCUCUACACCGGCUGGGUGGGCACCAUCUUCUCUUUGCUGGGUGGGUGCUUUCUCACCUGUUGCUCCUCAGAGUCCUCAUCACGCGCCUAUCAGGACAACAAUCGUUUCUAUUACUCCAAACAGGGAGGUGGCAAUGCGCCAGCAGCCCCCUCCACCAAUCACGCCAAAAGCGCCCACGUCUAAGGUGGAGGAGAGAUUCUGUAAGGGACUGUAGUUUGUAUAUAGAGACAUCUACGCAAGCACACACUCCAACACACAUAUAUAUAUAUACACACACAACCACACUCUACACAAACCUAUACUAGAAGAUAAAGAAACACACAAACACACUCAUUCAUGUUGGUUUGUAAAAGAAAAAUACACAAAUUCUUGAAUGAGAGCACAAACAUACAUAAAAGAGACAUUCGCACAUGGAAAACAUAGAACGGCUGUUUUUGUUGGAGCUCUUUCAGUGCCGAUGGAUUGUUUUCGUAUCACAGAGCUCAUCUUCCAGCCUCCUUGUGUCGGGCGUGGCGCGGACUCUCCCCGCUGUUAUAUAAUUGUACAAGCCUGCGCUGCAGCUGGAAGUCCUAAUCACCCCAGGCCUCGUGGACUUGAGAUAUUGAUCUUUUAUAUCACGUCUAUUUUUCUAUUUAGAUGCUCUUAGAGAUGAAAUCUCAGGAGUGUCUUCGUUCAAUGUUUGUUUGUUUUUUUAAAUCAUAUGAUAUGAUCUGUUUUGAUAAGAGCAGGGCAUGACAGUAUUAUGAUUGGGCUUGCUCAUUAACAGUGUUCACGUAAACUGAUAUUUCUUUGACAGUAUUGUAGCUCUCUAGUGAUUUUGCCUCUGGAGUGAUAGACUUGAUUAAACAAACUGCUUUUCCUGGCCUCAGAUGAUUGCAACACUGAUUUCACAGGAGACCUUUAUCCACCAAUGUCAGUCUUAGUGCUGUGGGUGUGAUGACUUGCCAAAAAUAAGUACAAAACCUUAACGACGCCGUAUGUAAGAAUCGGCCACCUGGAGAAUUCACACUCAAAAGAAAUAGGGCAGCAUAUCCCUAGAGUAGCCACUAACUGCUGCAAAUUGUAGCUGUGGUUAGCUAUGUUAGCUGUGUAGCUAAGAGGAAACUGUUAGUGUUUACACUGCUGGCACAGGAUCUUUGGGCUAGGGCUAGCUGGUUAGCAUCCUAACAUCAGUAGAUAUCUUUGCAACACAAUACAAAUGCAUCAUUAUUGUUAAUUUUAGUUAACUUUUCAAUGUUUUUAUCUCAAAUUCUUACACACAGCACCUUUAAUCUUUUGUCCAUCACUCCAUCUCUGAUAGUAAUAUGUCAUGAAUUGACCUUUUACAUUUUUAUGUGACUAACUUUCUUCUUUUUUUUUUUUUUAAAGUUCAGUAACAACUAAGUGACAGAAAAGCAGCGUAUCCUGUAACUGCUGAAUUGUACAUUUCCAUUUAACAGCAUUGUGAAGUAACUCUUUGAAAACCUGUAACUAAAAAGUAUGUUUUCAUUAAUGUGCACACACACAAAAAUAAAUCAGUAUUAAGUAGAAUAGCAUCUGUCGGAAGGAAUGUGAUGACUUGAAUGUUCAAUAUCUCAGAUGUACACAUCUGGAACCUGAUUUAUCUGACUCAGUUCUGUCCAAAAGCAGUGUUAGUUGAUUAUUUAUUGUUUAUGCUGAUGUGCCGUGGUUUGAUUUUCUAUAAUAAAGACGAAAGAACUGAU